AUGAUCUCGGAUUACGAAGGACCAACACCAACUAAAAAAUUUGAUCAAGAUAUAUUAUUUGAUUACUCUGAAGGUGAAAAGGAAUUUACUUUUGAACUUUUAGAUUCAUAUAUUUCAUCAGUAGAAGAACAUUUACCAGAGUUAUUGAAUUCAUUUGAAGCAAAAGAUUUAAAGGGUGCAGUACUUCAUUCUCAUGAUAUUAAAGGUUCAUCAAGUUAUAUUGGUUGCGAAGCUGUGAGAUAUGUUAGUGGUAAGAUAGAGGCAUAUUGUAAAAAUGAUGAAUUAGAAAAAGCAGAAUCAUUUUAUCCAGAAUUAAAGAAAGAAGUUGAAGAAGUAUUUAAAAUUUUAAGUGAUUUUAAGAAAAAUUGGGAUAAAAAUCAUGGUGAAGGUGGUAGUGAUGAUGGUGGUGAUGAUAAUGAAAGUGAACCAACUGAAAACAAUAAUAAUGAUGGUAGUAGUGUAAAUAAUAAUGAUAGUAGUAGCGGUGGUGGUGGUAAAGACAUAGAAAAUAAAAACACAGAUGAAAAUACUGGAAAGAAUCUAAACGAAAGAUCUAAAUCACCAGUACCCUUACAAACAACAUUAAAACCAGUAACUAUUGAAACACCCAAAACUGCUUCUGAUAAAAUUGCAACCGAAACUCCAACUUCUUUAGCUAAUAAUACCAAUAGUAGCAGCAACAAUAACAGUAAAAAUGAAAAUGGUUUAAAUAGUAAACAACCUCAAACUUCUUCAAAUUCACCAACAAAAAUUCAAACAAAAUAA